CAGACUGCAGAAUACUGCUUCAGCCGGCACUUCAGAUUAGGCUUUGGGUGUUGUGCAUGCGAGGACAGAUUUGACAGGUCGGACCAUGUACAAGACAAGAUGAGCAUCACCGUGGACGGGGAGAAAUUUGACGACCUCCUAGCCGACAGGAGAGAGCUGGGUGAACUGUCCUGGUGUACACGCAACUGGGAAUCCCCCAAGUACCGUUUCAACUUAUCCCGGGCACCAGGAUGCAUCAAGACACAAGUGUUUGAAAGCCCAAGAGUUCAGAAUGCCAUCUCAGAGGUCAGCAAGAAACACGGUCGACCCAGGACGGACGUGGAGCAGGAGGUCCGCGGCAUCGUCGAGGAGAUGGGGCAUAACAUGAAGAUGGGCAACAUUCGAUUCUUGGGUUACGUCCUCAGCAAGUGCUACAAGAGCAUGUACCGCUCCUUGUAUGUCCACUCCAAGGGCAUGGAGAAGUAUCGAAAGAUGGCACUGGAGAACCCAAUCCUGCUCCUCCCAACCCAUAGAAGCUACAACGAUUUCCUUCUCAUGUCCUACGUGUGCUUCUACUAUGACGUUCCUCUCCCGGUCAUUGCAGCUGGCCUCGACUUCCUCGGCAUGCCGGCUGUCACCAUGUUACUGCGAAACGGUGGAGCUUUUUUCAUCCGUCGCACUUUUGGGUCGGACCAGCUCUACUGGGAGGUCUUUCGAGAGUACGUUCACACGCUCGUCGUUGGUGGCGAACACCCCGUUGAAUUCUUUGUGGAGGGAACAAGAAGCAGGACUGCGAAAUCCCUUUGUCCAAGGACUGGCCUUUUACACACUGCUUUAGAAAUGUUCUUCACUUCGAGGGUGUCCGAUAUCAACAUAAUCCCGAUCACAAUCACGUACGACCGCACACUGGAGGAGAACCUGUACGCGUACGAGCUUCUCGGAGUUCCGAAACCAAAGGAAUCUACGUCGGGAUUGGUGAAAGCCAGGGGGAUAUUGAAUGACAACUACGGUGACAUCUUCAUUCGGUUUGGGGAUCCUAUCUCCGUACGAAGCUUCUGUGACCCCCAUGUCGAUCGGACGUUUCAUGCCCUUCAACCGAGGUUUAUUACACAUCACACGCCAGCAGAGGCCGAAGCGUGCGCGAGGCUGGCGCGGAGGGUGAUCAAGGCUCAUCACGGCAUUCUGGCCAUGUCUCCAUUUCCACUCCUCUGCCUCGUGCUACAUUCGCAGCUGUCACGGCUUCCUGGUAUUGCAACCCCUCCCGCGGACAAGUUGGCCGAAGAAGUGCUCUGGCUACGGCAGUUCCUGCGGAGAGCUGGCGUUGUCGUGAAGUUUCACGGUGCGGAAUCUGGAUCAUCCUUGGAUUGGCUACGGAGGGAGAUCAACACCCACUCGUACCUCCUCAGACUUUCUCCAUCCAACGAAGUGGAAUUUGCGAAGGGGUCCAAGAAAAAACUGAAGGCAAGUAAGGAUCCCAAGAAUAGCUCUCUGCUGCGGAUAAAGAGCAACACCGUGGAAGCGGCACUGCCUCGGAUGCUGCUCUAUCACUACGGCAACCAAGCUCUCCAAGUGCUAGCACCGGCCUGCAUGACCGCCCUCGUCCUGGUCACUACGCCGGUGCCGAGGACCCAUGAUGUCCUUUUCGAAAACUUCAAGAGACUUCAGAAUCUUCUGCAAAGGGAGUUUGUCUUCGAAAUGGACAAGCUUGAAAAUAACUUUCUGGACACGGUUGAAGUGCUUCGACAUGUCGGUGCCCUCGGUGUUCCUUCUUCGAGUGACAUGGAUACCCUCUCUGACGAUAGCAUCCAGUUGCUUAACUCCUUGGCUAGUCAUGUGAUGCCGUUUUUAAAGGGCUUUCAGAUUGUUUGCGAAUUUUUGGUAAGUCGAAGAGUGUCCGAGGUGGAUGUUCCGAUACCAGAGCUUGUGAGGCAAUGCCAGUGUGCCGCGGAAGAGGCAAUCCUCAACGGGCGGACGAGCGAGUACCAUGUCCUGUCGUUGGACUUGCUCAACAACUGCUUGCUGUGUCUCACGUUCCUUGGAGCAGCCAAGAAGGAAGUCAGGAAAGAAGGCACGGUACUGGUACCCAACGCAGACGAAGUCACCAAAGUUCUUCACAGUAUAAAAUCAUUUCUUCCUGGCACUUCCCAGUUUUCUGCAGAGGAGCUACCACUGUUGAGAGCCAAGCUGUAGGGGUAACUUAUUAGCGAAGCAACACGCGAAAAUGUUGACACAUUUAGGCAUAUUUAUUUUGUGUUCCGUCCUAGGGACGGACGUUGCAUGUGUUAGCUUUCACCUUGUUACAUAAGAUGCGACACUGUGUUGCGCGUCGUGAUCCUAGAGAUCGUACAGGAAGUCCCGCCCUUUGUCGUACGAGCUAUAUCGAGAAGCGAUGUUGUGUGCCAAGUAGCAGCUCGGGGAAAGGUUGCUGGUUGUAGAGACGUAGAAAAUGGAAGACCUUGACGUGUUUAGUGUAUAAAGAGCCUAUUUGUGUGAAGAAAGAAAGCAUUUUUUUGUCAUACGCCAACCUUGGCAUCUAACAGCAGUGUGGCCAAAAUUUGUGUCACACUGCUGUUCCGUUCUACACCACGCUUGUCACAAUGGCAAACGAAGGCACCUACCUUAAAUGAAAUGACACUUCGCUUUGGUCGAAACACUGCGUCAUUCUUCAAGCAGUGUAUCGGAAGCUACCAUGCAAAAUAUUUUCGCUGGACGGUUUCUCCUCACUGUGCAAUUUAAUUUACAAAAAUGAAAAACAAAACAAAAACAUGCACGCGCACAAACAAAAACUACCGCAAGUGGUGUGGCAUUACAUUGGAAGGCCCGCCCCCGAUGUGCUGGUGUGUCUUAUUCCCACUGAGAGUUAAUUCACUAUGGACAUGGUGCGGUGCUACUUGCAGCGUGCUCUGUAUGUCACGGAGUGAUGUCAUUCAUUUGUGGGCUCUCGGAAAGAGUUGAGAGGGUUGUAGACUAUGUGUGCGAAUGAAAGCUCUCUCUCUCUCGGACGGCGGAGGAACAGUUCCGAUGGUCGUUCUUUGGCACGAUCCACUACAGCGAAUGAAGGAAAGAAGAAAAGAAAGAAAGAAAAUGUAUUCAAAUUUAGAUAAUAAUAAUAACAAUAAUAAUUUA